GCAUGGGACUAGUAUUGUCAUUUUUGCAUUAGCCUGUGUCUCUAUAACUCUUUUAGCGUUUUCAUUAAAGUUUGAUUUGCUCCCAUUUUGACAUUAUUCUCUUUUAAAUGUUUCUUCCGGGAUCCUAAAUGGAAAAGUUAUUUUGUUUUGAAUAAAUUGUUUCAACAGUGUUUAUUAUUAUUAUUAUUAUUAUUAUUUAAAAAAAACUAGUUCCUCAUUUCUUUUAGAUUAAAACCGUCUUUUUUUAAUUGAUUUUAAAUUUGGAUGAUCAUGCAUGUAGUAAUAACCCCAGCUAUAGAGGUCUUAGAAAGUCGGUUCGUUACAUACUCUUUCGUCUCUGUAAUCUCCUCCCUCAUCCGUAGCCAAAAUUUCGUCUCCCUCUUUCUAGCUCUCUUUCAGGCCGUACUGUUGCUUCUCUGGAGAAUUUCUUCUCUCUGCAUCCAUUUUUUUGGUUUAUAUUUGCUUCAGUUUUCAGAUUUGGAUAUCUAAACUUCUCUUCGUCUGCAAAGAUAACUUUUUUUUUUUUUUUUGGUGAUAAGAAGUGCUGUAGGUUUCCUGGAGUAUGUUGCUUACAUUCAUCCAAAGUAUUGUCAAAUGUUCGAAUUGUUCUGGGAUUCUGGAGAUGCAUACUGUUUGUGAUAUUUUGUUGUUAAUUUAAUGAACUCCUGGUUAUGAAUUGUUUUGGCUUCAUUUUGAAGUAUGUUGUAGUUUUUGCCCAUUGUUUUUCCUUUUCUAGUGUUAUUGGUUGGUUGGAUUUUCCUUCACUGUGAACUGCGCUGGGUGAGGGGCUCUUGUCUGGUUUUUGAGACUUAAUUUGUUGGGUGAAGGGUGCGAUAGCCCGUUAUUCUGUUUUUUCUUUUCCUUAUAAGUUUUGCUUUGGACACUUUUCAGGUGCUAGCAGUGAAGGAUUGUCUUGUUACCAUGUCUGAUCAUUUCACAAAGUCAUACCUAGAAGGGAAUGGAAUGUCAAUGCGACCCUACCAUUCAGUUUGGUUGGCUCACUGGUCACGUUCAAGCUGCAAAUCAGCAAAUGGAGGUUCCAAUAAUUUAUCGACCAGCGGUGAGUCUGGCGAAGAAAGUUCUCAAACUAGGAAGCGCCCUUUGCUUGAUGGUCCAGUGCCAGCUACUAUCACUGGAAAACUUGACAUUGGGUCUGGAGAAGUAGCAGGAGUAAGUGCAGAUAAUCCCAAGAAUGAGGGUUUGACUGGGAGAUCUAAGAAGAGGAGGAAAGAAAGGUUAGAUUCUGAGUCCUUGCCUAUGCUCAAUGUUUCUCAGCAUAGAGGGGGUAAACUGGCUAUGAAUAUUGAACAGGCUACGGCUAGUCAAGGUGGAGAUUUGAAAUUUCAUACUUGUUCUGGCUCUGGGCACAACACUUCUUCUCUGGAUGGAAAGAGUCGAUCGCCAUCGCUGCUUGCAGUAGUUCCUGAUAGAGGUAAGCCCAGGAAGGAAAAGAUGAAGUCCAUAGACAUUAGAGCAUAUCAACAGCAACAUGAGAAUUCCAAUAAACUUCUUAACAACAAUGCCCUUAGCGUUUCACCACUUAUUGGAGAUGAGGCUAUGGGAUCAGCUUCCAGCUUUAUACCAUAUGGAAUGGGUAAUAGGUUUCCAUUCACCAAGUGUGAACAAAACGUCAACAACGAACCAAGUUCCUAUUUGUCCUCCAAAAAACAGGUUGGAAAUAGUAAUUUCCAUACUUAUUCGACCCUUUUUGUGCAAGAGACAAAAAUCAACCAACUUUUGGAUUCAACUCAAGCUACAAAUGCACUGUCAAGACAGCACAUGCGAACGUUUUUACUGCAUAAUCCAUCGUCAAGCAAUCUUGACCAACCAAAUCCAUACCCUAUACAAUGUGAUACUAGGAAAAGUAGUUCUGAUACCUUACCCUUUCAAAGCCAGAUCAACCAUGCAGGCACUACGUUACCAGAAUACUUAUACCAUGGAGGUUACUCAAUGCAGAGACUCCCAUUUUCUGUCCAUGACGUGGAAACUAUGAGAAUAUGUACCACUGUAGACUCUGUUGGACAGGCGCUCAAGGGUCCUCCAAAGUUUUGUCAGACAACUCACCGUUUUAUGAUCACUAAAAAGACUGAUGUUGACUUGUAUGAAGGUCAGGAGUUUAGAGAGGUAGUAGCAUCUACCAAUCUUAAAGAAAAAACUACAUGUGCACUCCUUAGUUCAUCCACUAAUUCUGGCAGACAUGAUCAGAAUGAUAAUGAAUUGAUACAACCUUCUAGCAACCUCUAUGGAGAAAAUGAAAAUUUUGGAAAUAUGAGGAGUGCGGCUUCUUUGAGCAAUGAAUCAUCAUCUGAAACUGAUAUUAUGGACAUGGAUGCAUACCAAGGGAACCAUUUGAGGGGUGCGGAUACAUCACAAGCAAAUAAGGGGUUGAGGAGUUCAAAAUCACCAUUGCUUUCUGUGAGUGCAGCCAAUUCGGCUAGAAAACAAAUUGAUGAUCAGCUUCCGAAGCAAAGAUUACUUGAUAUAAAUGAAAGGCCACCCAAUCGUUCAACUUCUGCAAGCUUGAUGGACAACGGGGAGUCAAGUACCUCUAAAACUCAAACUUUGGAUGUAGAGCACCUCCUUCCAAAUGCUGACCAGCCAAGAUUUUCAAACUCUAAUGUCCCUCCAGAGGACUCUUCUAAACGGGAGAUACACAACGAGUGGGUUAAACGCCUUAGACCAUGUGCCUCAGAGUCUGUCCAUGAUACAAAGAGUACAAAAAAGGAAGAAGACUCUUCUUGCGAUAAAGGCAAUCUACUCUUUAGUAAAAUGAAAUGCAGCUCAACCAGCUCGGACCGCUCUAGGGGUCCACUCCAUGGACAAGAACAAUUAGCAAUUGCUCAAGCAACAGCUAUAGUAAAGGAUAGCAGCAACUUAAGAUCAAAUAAUCGAGAAAUGAUACUCUCCAAUCCGUGGAUUCGCAGAUUGUGUCAUAACAGAUGGACACCUCGUGAAAGAAAUCUUGAAACUGCAGUGGUUCACAAAUCACAGGGUUCAAAACCAACAUUACAUCAGGCAUUUCCCAGUAUAGCUGCUAUGGCAUUGAUGGGCAAGACAGUGACUGGGCUUCAGCCAUGUGAGUUUGUCAGAAGAGGAUCUUCUUUAGUUUGGAAUAUCGAGGGAAUAUGACUGCCCCAAGUCUCUCAGGUUUCUGAUACUGUUGAUAUUUUGAAAUGAAGUUAUUUCCAUGAAAGUCCCUGGCCAUUCUCAACUCAAGUUUGAACUGCUAGAGAGACCACAAAUGUUGCUUUAAUGAUUUGCUAAACUAUCAUCGACCUCCAAUUGUCUGCGUUGGGCCUAAGGGCUAAAUUAAGCUUAUGGAUAAGCUCGUUACACUUCAUACCACUACCUGAAUGGAGUCAGAGGAAGGUUGUUGGCUCUCUUUACGUGGUUUUGUGCUAAAGCAACCACUUAGCCACGUUCUUUCUCCCGGGGCUAAAAGGAAACGUGAGGCAUCCACCUAUUUGCAGUAAAGAAAUGAACAGCGAGCUUGUAUACAAUUCUAUAGUUUUAAGUGAUUUGUACUCUGCGUGGAACCAUUGAAAGUGCAGAUACUGCAUUUCCCUUUCUCAAUAUAUGGUACCACUUUUUGCA